AUGACCCUCACACUAGGUCCACUAUACUGUUGUCUCUGCGCCUCACCGUGUCUUUUACCUAGGUACAACACCCCUCUUCCUCAAGAUCAAGCCGUGUCUACAGAUACUACCACAUCAACCCCUCUUCAUCCUGACUGGUUGAGAGAUUGGCAUUAUCUUCAAGUUUCAUCAGGACUGAUCCAGCCUCCCGUCACUCUAUCUUCUCCUGUGGUGGGAAUGAACAAUUUGAGAUUAUCAACUCCUCGUUCUCCCUUACCUCCUCUUACAUCUGAAACGCAACAAAUCGUCAAUGUUCCCAAUUCUCAGUCAGUAGUGUCAAACACACGAACUGCUCUAAACGUCCUUCAAGAACUAUCAGAUCAAGAGGAGCAGGAUACCGGAAGCGAUCUGCCUAGUCGGGAAGCAGGAUUGGAGCAAGAGGGACGUACACGUACAGGAUCGAGAGUAGCUGACGUUAACGAUUUCCCUUCCCGAGCAGCAUCACCCUCACCUCCCACAAGAACACCUUACGACGCACAUCGACGUACUGUCCCCAUACAUGCGUAUUGUCUCAUGUGCGUACUUCGUACAGUACGCAAGACAAUGUAUGGUGGAUAUUCUCAUGAAGAGAGGAUGAUGUUAGGAUGGAGUUUACCUAAAUGGACAGGACAUGGAUCCUGGGUGGGGCAAGUCGAUCCGAAUGUGUUUGGAGGAGAGAAAGGUUUGGGCGUCGGGUAUUGGUGUGGGACGAAAAGUCAGAGGGAGAGAUGGAAGAAGAAUGAUGGAAAAGAAGGAGGACAUUUGGUAAACGCGGAUCUUCAAUCACCCCUCUCCCUCAACCUUCCGUCCCAUCGACCCUCACCAUCAUCCAAACGUCCUUCACAAUCUUCCUCCUUCGCCCUUCUCCCUCAAACCAUACUCCUCGAAAUCAUCUCCUAUCUCCUCCCUUCCCCUACUUCCUCCGAAGAGCACGACAAUCUCCGUCUUCCCCAGAAACACGACACAAUAUUAGAUCGUGUGACGACUGAUUCGAACGUCAGUACAGAGAAGAAGUUGAAGAGAGAUCAACCUUCUCAUCUUCUAUCUCCACAAUGUCUGAACGAUCUUCUUUCCCUCCGACGUACUUGCUCCGCAAUGAGGUAUCUCCCACUUCCGAGAGCGAUGUGGGAAAUGAUCAUCCUGGACGAUGUGAGACAAUGGACUUUGGGUUUGUUAAGACGAUGGAAAGCGAAUCCUAGUGGGGUGGGGAGUGCUACUCAAUUAUGGAUUGCUUUAGAGGAGGAGAUCGAGCAGCCUGUCAAGGUUGGUUUAGCUUCGGUUGAAUGGAGUAAGAGAAGUGAUCAAGUCAGUUACGUUCCGGACAGCCCAGCUGGCGAUGAAACGAAUGUGAUCCGAGUGCAGAAUGAAGAAAAGAUCAUACUGGAGUCAAGGACAAGCGGGACGGGAGUCAAAUCCGUCAUGACAUGGACUGAUAAGGGGUCGAAAGACUCGCUGAACCAGUUCGAUGGGAAGAGUGAUAAUAGUGGAUAUGAUCUCGAAGAUGUGUGGAAUUGGUGGGCUUACAGCGAUGCAUGGAGAUCAAGAAGGAGGAUAUGGUAUUGCGUCGUACAUGCUAGUGCGACCGCGAGGGAUGCGGAUUGGUGGUGGAUGGACCUCGGCAGACAAUAUAAUUGGUGA